AUGGCAACCCUCUCCAUCGACCUGACCCACUACUGCCGCCCCUGUCUCCGGCGCCUCAUCUCCCAAACCCGCUCCUUCACAACCACUCCCACGCGGCGAGUAAAAGGGCCACUCCCCGUCUUCCACCCAACGCCCUCCCCAGACCUCGACGCCCUCCUCAACACAUUCCGCACCAACAUCUUCUUCCCCUCACACCUCCUCGUCCUACAACAGGACCUCGUCUACAAAAAAUCCAACCACGCCCUCCUCACAUCCGACGAGCCCGCCACGGUGCGUCUAGGCGAUGAAGUGCUGCAGCUGCUGCCGCUGGACAAGCGGCGCGAUGAGCCGCCGACACGGAGUUCGUUUGCGAAAGUGGUGCAGUUGAUGGAGGAGACUGGGGACUGGGGGAAUAUGGCUGCGUUUCUGGAGGGGCUGAAGGUUGCGAGGAGGAAGUUGGCGGGGUGGCAGGUUGAGAAGAUGGUGAGGAGGGCGAAUGAGGUGGGGAACCAGGGGGUGGUGAUGGAUAUUCUAAACAAGGUCAAAAAGACUGGGGUGGGGCUUUGGGAUGUGAAGGUUUGUAGGGAGGUGAUGAGGGGGGCUGUACUAAAGGCUACGCAGAGUGGGUGGAGUGAUGAGGGUGUGGAGAGGGGGUUGAAGUAUGCGGAAAAGAUUUGGGACUUGAUGUGGGAUCCGAGGCAUGUGGAGGAGCAGAAGAAGGUUGGGACGGAUCUGAGAGGAAGGCCAGAGAUUGUUGGGGUGGUGGUCCUGAUGCACGCUGUCAAGGCGGUCAAGCUUGGGGGAGGGAAAGACGAAGGGGGAAUAGUUGCGAAGUAUGCGGAAGUCAUGCUCGAGAGGUGGGAGAAUUCCAGGGGAGAAAUGGUGAUUGAUGCACAGGAUUGGUCAGAUGCGAACUACAAGCUGAUGAUGUGGGCGCCGGUCUGGCAUGGUAUGAAAAUGGCACGGCAGGUUGUAGGAGCUGGAUCACCGCUUGGGGGAAGACUUGAUGAAAAGCUUAGUCAAGAUCUGGAACCGCUGAUACACAAGUCUCGAGCUAUCACUUUGGCACACACGCCUGCGGAUGGAAUGCGGCGCGGCUUGAAGGUGUACGAAGACAUGCUCCAGGCCUCCUCAUAG